AUGUUCAAGAAAUCUGCUCUAAGUUUUCUGCUAUUUGCCACUUGCUUGGCCAUUGCAGUUGCUAGUCAAAGCGGCUCAGGUGACUCUUCUGGAAAAAAAGCUGUAACUCAUGCUCAGGUCCAGCCGCGUUUUCUUUGGAUUAAACGUGCCGAGAGCAAACCACAACAACCCAUUGUUCUUCUGCAACAACCACACUCGGAGUCUGACAGACAUCACCAUCAUCAUCCUCCACACUGGUCAGACUACUAUCCAUAUCCACCACCACCACCAAGGCCAAAUCGCCCGCCAUUCAAUAUCCCCGGACUAUCAGAGUAUCUGGGCAGCGGACCAUCUAUUGUCAUAAUCAACCCGAAUAAUGCUCAGAAUCUUACAUUUCCCGCGGCAGCAGCACCUGCAGCUGAUGCAGGAGGUGGUACUGGAGGUACUGGAGGUACAGGCAGAAAUAGCGCCAAUCGCCGCAGCUCCAACCCCAUUGUGGAUCUUCUGCAGGAUAGCAUUCUUGAUGAUGAUACGGAGGUGAUCACUGUCCCAGAAAAUGCUGAGGCAGAGGGAGAUGCACUUGCCUCCCAACAACAGCAACAACAACAACAACAAGUGUCCCAGUCUUAUUAUGGCGGCGAGGAGCGAGAUGAGGAUUACGGCGAGGAUGAGCUGGCCCUGUUGGAGCGUCAGGCAGCACGAGGAUUGAGUCCCAAGCACCUGCUCUCGUUCCUCUUGCAGGAUAAGCGACGCAGGCGCAUUCAGGAGGCUGUUGCCGGCAUUUACCUGAGGAACUACAAUCUGAAUCGCAAGUGA